AUGGGAAGACCAGAAGGAAAGGAUGAAGAGAAAGAAGCACUCCUCACUGUUCAAGCCAAGUCUGGGCAGGCAAUGAGAACGAAACCUCGUGAAUGUAAUAGCUACCGUGACGAUCCGGCUGAAAUGAAAGAUGGAGGUCGGAACAGCCAUUCCCCCGUCCCUGUCCCUUCGCCUAGCACGCACCCGUUCCCGCCUCCCACUUUCCAGACUCCUCUGGGAAUCCCAUACCAACUAAUUAUUUCUGGAUCCGCCAUCGAUAUGAAAUGAUGCGCAAGGGAGAAGGGAUUCACCUGGAC